AUGUGUCAAUCUCCUAUGCGUGAAUUCCUUCAAGGUCUCCCCAAGUGCGAGCACCACAUCCAUCUCGAAGGCAGCCUGGAGCCAGAGCUGAUCUUCGAGUUGGCCGCUCGCCAUGGCAUCACCUUGCCCGAUGACCCCGUCUACACCUCUGUGGAGACCCUCAAGAAGCGCUACGAGCACUUCAGCAACCUCGACGACUUCCUGCACUUCUACUUCGAAGGCAUGGCAGUGCUGCGCGAAGAGCAAGACUUUGCCGAUCUCGCCUGGGCAUAUUUCCAAAAGGCCCAUGCAGACGGCGUCCACCACGCCGAAGUCUUCUUCGACCCACAAGUGCAUGAAAGCCGCGGCGUCGCAUACAACACCAUUGUCGACGGCUUCACCAAGGGCUGCAAGCGCGCUGAGUCCGAGCUCGGUCUGUCUACCAAGCUGAUUUUGUGCUUCGUGCGCCAUUUGCCCGUUGCCUCUGCGCAGGAACUCUACGAUGAAAUGGUCGCUCACAAGUCCUUUGAGAAUGGAACUGUUCACGGCCUCGGCUGGUCCUCUUCCGAGGUCGGUCCACCAAAGGACAUGUUCCGUGAUAUUUAUGCCUCAGCCGCCAAGAAAAAUAUUCCCCUCACUGCCCAUGCUGGCGAGGAAGGUGACCCGACUUAUAUCAGUACUGCGUUGGAACUUGGUGCGCGGCGCAUUGAUCAUGGCAUCCGGCUGAUUGAGGAUGAGGAGCUCAUGCAACGCGUUGCGCGCGAGGGCAUCUUGCUUACUGUUUGCCCGUUGUCGAAUGUGCGCUUGCGUUGCGUGAAGUCUGUCAAGGAAGUCCCUAUUCGGAAAUUCUUGGAGGCUGGUGUCAAAUUCUCUAUCAACAGUGACGACCCUGCUUACUUUGGUGGUUACAUUCUGGAUAACUACUAUGCCGUGCAGGAGGCACACAACUUGAACGUCUUGGAGUGGAAGAUUAUCGCAGAGAACAGUGUUCAGGAGAGCUGGAUUGAGGACUCUCGCAAGGCAGAGAUCUUGGAGAGCAUCGAGGCCCAUGUUAAGAAGUAUAUGCAUACUAUCACAGCAUGA